AUGUCCUACAAACUUUUUGUCACUAUUCUCAUCGCUUGUAUGCUGGUCACUGUGGCCAACUCCUUCCCAUCUGCCUGUAACCCAUGGUACUGCGUGUUCGAAUGUCAGAACGAAUGUCGCGAUCAAGGAACGUAUUGUGCCUACGCCAAGUGCGAAGAGAAUGGAUGUAAUCGCUAUUGUUCAUACGAUGGAAUGCUGGUUGGAGCUAAAAAAGUUUGA